AUGAAUCCUUCAAAGAAAUCAAAAGUUUAUCACUUUCAUAUAGAGUGGGAAGACGAUUAUUUUUUUACUCAAGUGAAAGGCAAGUGUAUAUGUCUAUUGUGCCACGCAAGUAUCGCAGUUGGAAAAAAAGGUAACGUCGAAAGACGUUUUAAUAGUACUCAUCCGAAAAUAAACACAGAAUAUCCCGCCAAUAGUAGCAUCCGAAAAGAGAAAGUGAAACAGUUGAAAAAUCAAUUAGUUAGGCAGCAGUCUGUAUUAUUACAAGUCAGCGAUAAAAUUAAAGCCACCACUCUAGCUUCUUACAAAGUGUCUCAAGUUAUUGCCAAAAGGAAGAAACCCUUUGAAGAUGACGAGUACAUCAAGGAAUGUUUUGUAGAAGCUGCAAACUGCCUACUUGAAGGUUUUAAAAAUAAACACGAAAUAAUGUCAGCUGUAAACUCCCUCCAGCUUUCAGCGCGAACCGUAACUAGACGAGUGGAAAAUAUGUCAGAAGAUGUUGUUUCCCAAAUGAAAACGGACUUACAGCGAUGUAUUUUCUUCUCCUUACAAUUUGACGAGUCCACAGAUAUUAGUGAUACGUCCCAACUAGCCAUAUUUGUCAGAAUGAUAUUCGAUGAUUUUACUGCUAAGGAAGAACUUGUUAAAAUAAUUCCUUUAAAAGGGCGGACUCGAGGUGAAGACAUAUUUUCUUCCGUUCAAGAUUAUUUUAUCUCUGAAAACAUUCCACUUCAGAAACUGGUUGGCAUUACAACUGACGGAGCCCCAGCGUUUACUGGAGUGCAUAACGGAUUCAUUGCCCUUUGCCGCAAAGAUGACACGUUUCCAAAUUUUUUAACAUACCACUGCAUCGUGCAUCAGCAAGCACUUUGUGGUAAAUUUUUAAAUGCCGACAACGUUAUGAAAGUCGUUGUUAAACUUGUAAAUCAAGUAAGAGCUCAUGCUUUGCAGAGGAGACAGUUCCGAACUCUAAUUGCAGAAAUUAAUCUAGAAUACGGAGCAUUGCUUCUGCGUACAGAGAUACGCUGGUUAGGCAAGGGGAAGAUUCUUUGGCGCUUUUCUGAGCUCCUACUAGCUUUAAUCGCUUUUCUUAAGGAGCGUAAAGAAGACUAUUCAACAUUAGAAGAACCCGCAUGGUUGAGAGAUUUUGGAUUCUUGACCGAUGUCACAGGAAAGCUGAAUGAACUAAAUUUGCAGCUUCAGGGUAAAGAAAAAAGUAUUCUUCAAAUGAUUUCCGAAGUAAAGUCAUUCAUUGCGAAACUUGAACUAUGGGAAAAAAAUCUACUGGAAGGAAAUUUAAAACAUUUUCCUUGUUUAAAAGAAGUAAUCGAAAAAGAAGUAGUAAACGUUCAACCUUACACAGGAGAGGGGCAUAUAGAAAUGUUGACCAGACUGAGGCAUGAAUUCGAUACCCGAUUUAGUGACUUCAACAAAAUUGAAGCGAUUGCUCAGUUUGUAUCUUAUCCGUACAUGCCCCUCGAUGCAGAAAGCUUAUCCCAAACCAUCGAACAGCAUUUCAGCGAAAGCAGACCAGAGACUGAAUUAGAAAUAGUCACACUGCAGAAUGAUUUGUGUUUGAAGAGCGUUGCCGGAAAAGAAAAUUUUUGGUGUCUAGUGUCCAAACAGAAAUACCCAAUCCUAGUCAAUGUAGCUUUGAAAAUUAGUGCCCUGUUUUGUUCCACCUACCUUUGUGAAAUAACGUUUUCAAACAUGAAGUUCAUUAAAAACAAAUACAGAAGCCGACUAACGGAUGAACAUUUUGACUCGUGUAUUAGACUAGGAAUAACAAACUACCAACCGGAUAUUAAAAAACUAACAGACAUGAUGGACUGUCAAUCCUCCCAUUAA